AUGAGUAACAAUAAAGAUAUUGUACGUAGUUAUUUCCAAGACAGGUCAACAUAUCAACAUAAUAAUACAUCAAUGAAAAUAAAAACAUUAGCAGAAAUCGAUAUGACAUAUGAAAAUGAUGAUUCAAAUCGAAAUGGGUCAAUCAUUGUACCUUUAUUUACUUCAAAUGAUCGAGAAAAACAACUUUAUCGGUCAAUAUCAAAUGAUACACAUUGUUUUAAUGUGGUUAAUUAUCAAAUACCACAUUCACAAACAGCACAUAUUCCUAAUCUAGCAUUAGAAAACAGCAAUAAGCAACAAGAUAAACAGCCAAUGUUUCCAAAAUUAACACCAAGAUCUAAUACUGCAGUGAAAUCAUUUCCAUUUUUAACACCAAGAAGUCUAUCUUCAAAUGUCGAUAACAACAGUCCAAUGCCAACAAUAAGAACAUCAUUAAAACCCAUGUCAUCUUCAUUAACAAAAUCUUUACAAACUAAAAUACCAAAUGUUUCAACUGAAGAUAAAAAGAAAAUUCAACCUAUUAAGCCUGUACCUUAUCGAGAAUGA